AUGUUCUUGCGAGAAGACCUGGAUGACUUCAAGCGCUUGCUCGAUAUCAUCGGCAAAGACCCUAUCACCAUCAAGAAGUUCCCCAGGGCAAACAUUGUAAUCGUCGAGCGCACCACUGGCAGUGAUAACAGCGGCGACGAUGCCGUCAAUAUCAGAGCCAUGCACACCACCUCAUCCGCCCCUCUAUCCUCUCUGUCAGACACCUCUGACACCUUGGAGGAUGUCGAGAUGUUAGUAGAGGAAAAAGGUACAUUCGCUGCGGAACUCGGCGAUGGCAACGACACUGGGAAGUACUUCGCCGUUCCCGAGACCCAAUCUGCUUAUUUGGUGAGGGAUGAGCCCAAGUCGCAGACACCAGGCGUAUUCCCCUGGCAGAAUAGGAUCUGUCGCUGUGUCCCAAUCGCCACUGUCUUUGGGGACAAGGAUGUUGGCCUCCGUCUUCACCUGGGGCAGCAACGUCUGCAAGUGCCUUCCCCAUGA